AAGGGUUGUGUGUGUCUGUGGAGUGCGCCUGCGCAGCUGUGGACGCCGUAGGUCAGCUUCUUGGUCUGGGGACCGGUACUGGAGGAGGGGAUUCACCCCAGGGCACGGGCAAGUGUCGGGCGCGUCCCGCGGGAAUAAAAACAUCUGCUUGCCUGGAGUUGGUGAGGCUGAGCCGACGCUGCCUGGAUCCUGUUUUUGAAACAUGAAUCCUUCACUCUUCCUGACUGCCCUUUGCUUGGGAAUAGCCUCAGCUGCUUCAAAAUUCGAUCAAAGUUUAAAUGCACAAUGGUACCAGUGGAAGGCAACACACAAGAGAUUAUAUGGCAUGAAUGAAGAAGGAUGGAGGAGAGCAGUGUGGGAGAAGAAUAUAAAAAUGAUUGAACUGCAUAACCGAGAAUAUAGCCAAGGGAAACAUGGCUUCACAAUGGCAAUGAAUGCUUUUGGUGACAUGACCAAUGAAGAAUUCAGGCAGGUGAUGAAUGGCUUUCAAAACCAGAAGCACAAGAAAGGGAAAGUGUUCCAAGAACCUGUAUUUGCUGAGAUCCCCAAAUCUGUGGAUUGGAGAGAGAAAGGCUAUGUAACUCCUGUGAAGAAUCAGGGUCAGUGUGGUUCUUGUUGGGCUUUUAGUGCAACUGGUGCUCUUGAAGGACAGAUGUUCCAGAAAACUGGCAAACUUGUUUCAUUGAGUGAGCAGAACCUGGUGGACUGCUCUCAGCCUCAAGGCAAUGAGGGCUGCAAUGGUGGCCUAAUGGAUAAUGCCUUCCAGUAUGUUAAGGACAACGGAGGCCUGGACACAGAGGAGUCUUAUCCGUAUCUUGGAAGGGACUCAGAGCCCUGUAACUACAAGCCUGAGUGUUCUGCUGCCAAUGACACCGGCUUUGUGGACAUCCCUCAGCGGGAGAAGGCCCUGAUGAAGGCAGUGGCAACUGUGGGGCCCAUCUCUGUUGCUAUUGAUGCAGGCCAUCAGUCGUUCCAGUUCUAUAAAUCAGGCAUUUAUUAUGAUCCAGACUGCAGCAGCGAAAACCUGGAUCAUGGUGUUCUUGUAGUUGGCUAUGGCUUUGAAGAAACGGAUUCAAGUAAAAAAUUUUGGAUUGUCAAGAACAGUUGGGGUCCAGAAUGGGGCUGGAGUGGCUAUGUAAAAAUGGCCAAAGACCAGAACAACCACUGUGGAAUUGCUACGGCAGCCAGCUAUCCCACUGUGUAAGCUGGUGGAUGGGGUAUUAGAGGACUUAAGGACAGCAUAUCUGGAGGAAUUUUUAUCUUAAAACUGACCAAACCCUUAUGUAACAUAAGACACUUGAAUCAUUGAAGAUCCAAGUUGUGAUUUGAAUUCUGUGACAUUUUUAUAAGGGUAAAACUUUACCACUACCUUAAUUGCUGUUAUAAAUAGCUUUAUAAUGUUGAAGACUCAUUACUUAAUUCUAAGACUUUUGAAUUUUCAUUUUUUCAAAGGAUAUAUAAAACUUUACCUUUUAAAAUAAAUUUUAACUCAACAUGUA